AUGGCGAGCUUUUCAAGUCGUUAUCUCCACGCCACUGCUGCGAUGCUUUGCGUUAUGCUCCUGGCAUUUCUCGAUCCCUCGGCGGGGGAUGUGGGGAAACCGAUGUCAGCGCCCGUCACCUCCGCUGGGACGGGACUGACGUUCACUCUGCUGCCUAGAAACCGGUUCGGCGCCAAAUGUCUCGACGGAAGCCCGCCAGGCUACUACUUUCGGCCAGGAUCCGGCGCGGGCAAGGACUCGUGGCACGUCUUUCUUCCCUUUGGCGGAUGGUGCACGACGCCUGGCGAGUGCGAGUGGCGCGCCACGCAGAUCCACUACGGCUCCACGAAGCCGGCACUGCAAGCCACCAACCCUUUCAACAACGCCAUGCAGGGGUACCGCGGAAUUUUAAGUCUGAACAAGACGGAAAACCCGCGGUUUUACAACUGGAACUUAGUGAUGCCAGUGUACUGCGACGGGGGUGGAUUCGCGGGACGCGCGGGGUUCAAGAACGUGAGCGGAAGCGAAGGAGUGUAUCUUUUGGGUUGGAGCAUCAUCAAAGCCGUUCUCACAGAUGUAACGGACCGGCGCGGGCUGAAGACGGCGUCGCAGGUGCUGCUGUCGGGGGUGUCGGCGGGAGCAGAGGCGGUGGUGACUCUGUGCGACCAGCUGCCCGCCCUCGUGCCCUCCGCCAAAACCACCAAGUGCCUCAUGGACUCUGGGUUUUUUCUUGACGCGCUUGACAGAAAAAAGAAGCACACAUUCAAGAAAACCAUUAUCCGGAUGGCGGCACUACAUGACUUCAUUGGCAACCCAAGAUGUGCCAGAGCCCAAGACGCGACGAGCAAGUGGAAAUGUUUCUUUCCGCAGCACGCGACCAAGUUCAUCAAGUCGCAAGUCUUCAUUGUCAACUCGCUCUUCGAUAUCAACGCGCUCAUCCUCGGUAACCAGCUUCCCCCCAUGAACCGAACCUACGCCAUCAACUGCAUAAACGAGGUUAUGAGUAUACCCGAUUUGAAGAAAGAGAUUGAGGCUAAUACUACAUCGCUUCAAGAACUUGCGGCGAAGAACGCAAACAAAAAUUGCACAUCGGCGGAGUCGCAGGCGAUGAUUGGGUUCGCACAGCAGCUGCUACAGGUUACAAGCUCGUUGAAAUCAGCCAAGUUCAGCAGUUUUAUACAGUACGCGCCUAAUCAUGGAAUCAUAAACUAUGAAACCUGGAACACGUUUAUCUCAAAUGGUUUGAGUCUGAGGGAGACAGUAGAGAAAUGGUACUUUGGAUCUUGA